AAAAUUUUCCUCGCAAAAAAAAAAACGAGGGAGAUCUGAGAUUUUGUGAAGGUCGAAGUCCCAAAUCGAGCAAAACCCUAGCGCCCAGCGAGCUCCUCCGAUGGCUCGCCCGAGAUCGAGCUUGCUUCUCUUCGUCUUCGUUCUAUCCCACGCUCUCUUCGUAAUCGGAGGGAAGAAUUAUUACGAUGUGCUUCAAGUUCCAAAGGGAGCGUCUGAUGAGCAGAUCAAACGAGCUUACAGGAAGCUUGCUUUGAAGUAUCAUCCUGAUAAGAAUCAAGGGAAUGAGGAGGCGAACAAGAAAUUUGCAGAAAUCAGCAAUGCUUAUGAAGUUCUAAGUGAUCGUGAGAAGAGGAAUAUUUAUGAUAGGUAUGGGGAAGAGGGAUUGAAACAGCAUGCUGGUGCUGGAGGGAGGGGUGGAGGCAUGAACAUGCAAGAUAUAUUUAGCACGUUCUUUGGUGGUGGUACAGGCACGGAGGAAGAGGAAGAGAAGAUUCCAAAAGGUGAUGAUGUAAUUGUUGAUUUGCAUGCUACUCUUGAAGAUUUGUAUAUGGGAGGUACUUUGAAGGUCUGGAGGGAGAAGAAUGUUAUUAAGCCUGCCCCUGGCAAGAGGCGCUGCAACUGCAGAAAUGAAGUCUAUCAUAGACAAAUUGCUCCAGGAAUGUUUCAGCAGAUGACAGAACAGGUUUGUGAGGAGUGUCAAAAUGUAAAAUUUGUGCGAGAAGGAGAUUUUGUCACCGUUGAUAUUGAGAAGGGGAUGAAAGAUGGACAGGAGGUAGUAUUUUAUGAAGAUGGUGAGCCUAAAGUUGAUGGUGAGCCUGGCGACCUGAAGUUUAGGAUUCAUACAGCACCACAUGAUCUCUUCAGAAGGGAAGGAAAUGAUCUUCACACAACUGUAACAAUUUCAUUGGUCCAAGCUCUGGUAGGUUUUGAAAAGACCAUCGAACAUCUAGACGAGCAUCCAGUUGAAAUUGGCACAAAGGGAGUCACUAAACCGAAAGAGGUGAGAAAAUACAAAGGAGAAGGAAUGCCUUUACAUUUGAGCAAUAAGAAGGGAGAUUUAUACGUAACAUUCGAGGUUCAAUUCCCCAAGUCAUUAACAGAAGACCAGAAGAAGAAAAUCAAGCAGAUUCUUUCUUGAGGGGUUUUCUUUUCUAUUUAUCUCUCUCUCUCUCUCGGCAGGCAAUUAAUUGGAAGGUGUACAGAGCAGGGGUGCACUCCGCAAAUGGCUAAUUUAUUUGAGGGUGUUGUAUUUUAAUGUAUUCCCUGAUAUAUAUAUAUAUAUAUUCCUGCCAUCUUCUUUGGCGACGAGGUAUAGCUUUAGUUGUAUGAACAAGAGUUUAUUAUUAUUACACAUAGAAGUGGUAAUUUUGAUUUCUUGCAGGGGUUAUUAGAGAA